AUGGGUAUCUCCCGCUCAUCACGCCACAAGCGCUCGGCGACCGGUGGUCAACGCUCCCACUACCGCAAGAAGAGAAAGUUCGAGCUAGGCCGCCAGCCCGCUAGCACCAAGCUGGGAGCCAAGCGCGUCCACACCGUUCGCACCCGUGGAGGAAACGUGAAAUACAGGGCCCUUCGUCUUGAGUCUGGAAACUUUGCCUGGGGAUCUGAGCACACCACCAGGAAGACGAGGAUUAUCUCCGUCGUUUACAAUGCCUCCAACAACGAACUUGUCCGAACUAACACCUUGGUCAAGAAUGCCAUCAUCCAGGUCGAUGCUGCUCCUUUCCGUCAAUGGUACGAGUCACACUACGCCCAACCCGUAACCAAAAAGGGCAAAAGCACUACCACCGAAGCUGCUGCCGAGCCCGUGAAACUUUCGAACCACGCUCAACGCAACUUGGACGAGAGGAAGAAGGAGGCCAAGAUUGACCCUCUCCUGGAGAGUCAGUUCGCUGCUGGUCGUCUGUACGCUGCCAUCUCAAGCCGACCUGGUCAAUCCGGUCGUGCCGAUGGUUAUAUCUUGGAAGGCAAGGAGCUCGAGUUCUACCUCAGGAAGUUGAGGACCAGGAAGGAGAAGCAUGCCCAUGCUUAA